GAGCAAGAUUAUCGGCGUCUUUUAAGAGGUCCUUAUUGCUGACUAGGAUAAAAAAUAAAUGAAAAAUACAAAUUACCUUAACAAACGUUCCUUAACUAAGGACAAAACACAACGGUUCUUGUAAGACACGUGUCGCCUCUCUCUCUCUCUCUUUUCCUUGACGACGCCGAUGACUCCUCUCUCUCGUGAUCUCUCCCGAUGGUCUCUCCUCGAAAUCAAUCCGACGCCGCUCACCUCUCAGUUCGAAUCCGCCGGCAAAACAAGUCCCCAAUUUCGACUAUAUCGCCACCGUUUCUCAAGCCAAGCCACAGGCCGCAACAAUCGUCGCCAACGAUUUCCGUCACCGUUUCUCUCUGUUAUACUAUCUCUGCCACCAUGAACAUAUCAUCUUUUUUUUCUUAUAUAUGUAUUAUACCAGCAAGUCUUUCGCAAAUAUUUUUCGUCAGAUUUGUUUGCUAGUUCGGAUGGAAGAAUUUUUUUUUUGUAACUGACGGAUGGAAGAAUUAUGUAUUGAGUCAUUCUUUUAUUGUUUCCCUAUUACUAAUUCUCUAUUGUUUGAUCAAUCUGUAAAUCAGAUGAGCUCAGUUUUAAUACAUUUUAGAUAAUAUAUGUAUUGUUGGAGCAAUGAAUGAAGCCAGAUGAAAGUUAAAUUGAUGUAUAUGUUUGGGGGAAUGAGGCGAGAGUGGUUCACUUUCAGAUAAGUUCAGAUAAUAUAUGUAUUGUAUUGUAAGCUUUUGGCGUGUUCUCAAAUCAGAAGUGCAUAAUGAAUAUGCUUACGAUUCUCUCUCUCUCGGAGGCUCCUCGACGAAACGGAAAUGGACCGUUUUGUUUGCUCUCUCUGUGAUUAUUGAAUUUGAGAAAGUGUUGCAGCUGUUGCACUUGCACGAAAGUGGAUGAAGAAGGUGUUGCAGCUGCGAUGAUUUUGUCACUCACUGAGAGUCUUCAGAGCUGUAAAGAUGAGAUUGCUUCAUGUCAAAGUGAGCUUGAAUCAGCAAAAGCAGAGAUUGAUAAGUGGAACUCAGCAUUUAAGAAAGAGUCCUUUGUACCUGCUAGAAAAUCUCCUGAACCUGAAUUUGUGAUUGACUACAUCCAAACUCUAAGAUCUUCCGAGAAGUCUUUGAAAGAGGAGGUUGGCAUUUGGCUAAUAAGUUCUGUGUUCUUUACUUCCUUUUUUAUUCAGUUGGAAAUUGCACAAAUGAAGAAAAAAGUCUUAAUAAGUUCAUUGUACAAUGUUCAUACAUAUUCAAUGAUGUUUGUAAUUUUUUUUACUAAAAGACCUCUAUAAGUCCUACCAAUAAUCAAAA